AUCGUAUACUAGGACAGACCCAGCUUGUUACCACAAGCACAGAAGUUACUCAGGGAUGGGGUUUGCGACAACUGCUUUCCUGAUGGUAUAACAUUCACAACAUUAAAAUCUCUUCAUCACUACUCUGGACAUCACUUUUACCAACAGGUUUCUGUACUAUAUUUAUGUCUGAGGGAACUGCCUUUCCAUCUGAUUUCAUCAGAGCCCUGUUGGAUAUCUCAACAGGAGUAGAAACUGAUGAAUCAGGAGAAGGCCAGGAUAUAUCUCCAAGAAUAUUCCUGGUCCGAACUCCACGCUUGCAAGGUUGAAUCUGGGAAACAUCAGGACUGUAGAAGCUGCUGAUUCUCCGGUAAUCUUUACCUAGUAAACCAUCCAGAGGAGUUGUUUGUCUUGAAGAAGAUGAAGUAGAUGGAGUCGAUGGUUUUGUUUCCAAUAUCUGGGGUGGAGUCCUUGGUAUCUGUCUUCCAGCUGGGAUUAUUGUCAUUGAAGACAGUGAAUCGUCAGGUUUACAGCUGUCACCAAUAUUAUAGCUGUCAUCUGGCUUACAGCUGUCUGCUACUGUACAGCUGUCAACAAGACCAACAUCACAAGCACCUGGUCUAGCUUCUGUGUUCAAAUCAACAUCCUUCAAAGGUUCCCUGGCAUCAGAGUUGGCCCCUAUUUUAAAAGCUUUCUUUGCAUUUCCCUGAACAACUGCUCUCACCUUAGUUUUAACUCCUUGAGUUCCAUAAACAUGUUCCAGUUUAUCCAUGAGAGCUGUGAUUAUCCUCGAGAACUGGUUCUCCUCCAGCAGGUUCUGGUUCUCACCCACCAAGUGACCCAGGCCGGUCAAAUUCAAGUACCUCUAUCUUCUUGUGAACAGCAGGAAAGAAUGAAUGACUCGAAGGUGGUUUGGGUUGGUGUUGAUGCAUUUCGGGAGAAUAUGUCUCGACCUAGACGUCUGGAGAAGCAUGCAAGUUUUCGAUCUUAUCAAGGAUCUGGUGGUGAUAGUAAAAGAUCAGGGAACUCCUCUCAAUCUAGCUCUCGAAGUAACGCUGUUCAGGUUUCUCCAACUUCACAUGGUUCAAAAGAGUCGAUGAUUACCUGUGACGCCUCAAAUGAAUUAAAGGAUGAGCUCAGUAACAAUGGAUCUGAAGAAUCAAGUAUUCUAAAUGGUUUGGAGACUGGUGAAGAGCUCAGAUCAAGAUUUUUCCGGGAGAUUCAAGCUGAGCUAGAUCAGACUACUGAGUGGAAUAAUAAAAUAUCAGUCCUGAAAUCUCUUCUGGCCGGAGUAGGUCAAUCCAACUCAGAAGACGAGAUCAAUUUCUCUGACUCUGUUCCAGUUGAGAAGAAAGAGAUCGAUGACCAGGAUCAGGUUGAUCAAGUUGGUCAGGCACAGAUUCAAGGUUCUCAUCACGACCUCAAUUCACAAUUAAAACCAGCUUCUGUAACCAAGCAAGCUAGGGUUGCCCACAAGAUGUAGGAGAGUCGAUAAAUACCUCUGACCAAGUAUCCUAUGAUCUAAAGGUUAGAUGUUGCUUAAAUAGAUAAAAUCUUCGUUAAAAAAAAGAAAUGGGAAAGAAAAUGCCAUGUUUUUUGUUAUGCAAGGACCACUAUUAUUUUGGACUCAAUUACUGUACAUUGUAUAUAUAUUCUUUGAAAAUUUUAAA